AUGAAUGAAUAGUAUGAUGAGCAUAAUCCAACUACUGACGAAGAGAUAUUGCAAGAGUAGAUGAUUGAAUAAGUUUUAGUCAAGUAUAAAUAGUCCGAGGAGUUAAAACUAGAGGAAAUGAAAGAAGUCGACAGACAAGAGACGAUAUAUGUUAAUAAAAAGGGGCAACUCAUCAAGAUUACACCAGUCGAGAGAAAUGGGAAGUUAACUGAAAUGCAUCAAAUACUAAGCUUUAACGUGGACACUCUACCUCAGGCAAAUCAACAUACAUACACUGCUCCAGCUGAGGAUGAUGGCUCAUCGACACCCAAGUUUAAAGCUCCUGCAGUUAGAGUCAAAGUGCCUGUAAAGGAUGGAAUGAGCUAGAGUUCAAAGUAGCUAGAAGGAUUGGUUAGCAACCCUAAUGAGAUAUUUUACACAGCUGAGGAAAUAGCCUUGCAUAAGACUGACGAUGAUUGUUGGACUAUAUUCAACGGCAGAGUAUAUGAUAUCACUUAGUAUGCAAAAGUCCAUCCAGGAGGUAGAAAGAUAUUCUUGGGUAAGGGCAAAGACUGCACCGAGCUGUUUAAUAAAUAUCAUCCUUGGGUGAAUGCAUAGUUCUUGAUUGGAAAGUAUCAAGUAGGAGUUCUCAGAAGACUGUGA